CCUAGGUGAUGAAUCCAUUUAGAUUAGAGAACACACUGUGUGAUUUGAAUUCUUUAAAUAUACCCAGGUCUGUGUGAUGAUUUGAUAGUAAACGAUGACAGAGACAGAUGUGUCCUGCAGCUUUACAAAGUGUGUGUAAAGUCUUGGUCUCAUCUUUGUUGAUUAAAAUGCUUCUCUGGAAAAAAAAAUGAGGGGUGUGGGCAGGAUCGUUUGGUUUGGGUGUUAGCUCUCUCUUACUGAGCCUUAGUUUUAUACAUCCUUGCUGACAGCUCACUCACUGAUUUUAUCAGUUACUAAGAAAGCCACAAUUUAGUGUCCAGGUCCCCUGGAAGAGUGACUAUUUCUCCACUCAGUUCUGGAAGCUCUCCCUGAUUAAACUGGGAGGUUUGUUCUGUGUAAACAGUGACAUUUAACAUUGGCAGGCACCAUUUGAUGACUUAACUGUGGCUUUCUAAUGUUCCUCGUUAUCCAAAGGAAAUUUAUUUUUCCUGAUUUUUCUCUUAUCUCUUACACCCUGCAACCUCCCCUUUGGUUAGUAUGUGAAAGGCAUUUGCUUUUCAGUUCUUUUAUUUGGACCUAAACAUAAUACUAAAAUUGCAUCCAUCUGGAAUGCAUAUAAUUGGGAAAUUUAUUUGUUAUUCAAGUUUCAUCACUAAUUGGGAGAGAUAGAACAUGUCUGUUUACAAUUUACAUCUUGUGAAGAAGUAUGGGAAUGUUAUCAGUCUGGAUUUUGGAAUCAAGUCUUCAGUGAUUGUAAGCAGUCUGCCUUUAAUCAAAGAAGCCUUUACACACCUGGAAGAAAACUUUAUGAGUCGCCCUCAAUUUCCAUUGCAAAAUCUUGUCUUUAACGAAAAUGGACUGAUCUUCUCCAGUGGCCAGACAUGGAAGGAGCAAAGAAGAUUUGCAUUGAUGACACUGAGGAACUUUGGGUUGGGAAAGAAGAGCAUAGAGCAGCGCAUACAGGAGGAGGCCCAACACCUUGUGGGGGUCAUAAAAGAGGAGGAAGGACAGCCUUUCGACCCUCACUUCAAGAUCAACAAAGCAGUUUCCAAUAUCAUUUGCUCCAUCACCUUUGGUGAGCGGUUUGAGUACCAUGACAGUCAGUUUCAGGAGCUGCUGAGGUUAAUGGAUAAGGCCACGAGUUUGACUUCCUCAAAGAUGGUCCGGCUCUAUAACAUCUUCCCAUGGAUAAUGAAACAUCUUCCUGGAUCACACCAAACAACACUGGAUACCUGGAGACAAUUGAAGUCAUAUGUUUCUGAUAUAGUUGAAAAUCACCGCAGAGACUGGAACCCUGAUGAGCCGAGAGACUUCAUUGAUGCUUUCCUCACGGAAAUGACCAAGCACCCUGACAAAACUACUACAAGUUUCAAUGAAGAAAGCCUCAUCUGCAGCACUCUCGACCUCUUCUUUGCUGGAACAGAGACAACGUCCACGACCCUGCGGUGGGCUCUGCUCUACAUGACUCUCUACCCAGAAGUUCAAGAAAAAGUACAGGCUGAAAUUGACAGAGUCAUUGGACAGGAGAAGCAGCCCAGUCUGACUGACCGAGACUCCAUGCCCUACACCAAUGCCGUUGUCCAUGAGGUGCAGAGGAUGGCAAAUAUUGUCCCUCUAAAUGUUCCCAGGGAAGUGACAGUAGACACUACACUGGCUGGAUUCUACCUGCCAAAAGGCACCAUGCUUCAUACCAAUUUGACUGCACUGCACAUGGACCCCAAAGAAUGGGCCACCCCAGAUAUCUUCAAUCCAGAGCACUUUUUGGAGAAUGGAGAGUUUAAGAAGAGAGAAUUUUUUCUGCCAUUCUCAAUGGGAAAGCGAGCUUGCCUUGGGGAACAAUUGGCCAGGUCUGAGCUCUUCAUUUUCUUCACUGCUCUUGUGCAGAAAUUUACCUUCAAGCCGCCAGCCAAUGAGAAGCUGAGCCUAAAGUCUAGAUUUGGCAUCACCGUGUCCCCAGUGAGUCACCGUCUCUGCGCUGUCCCUAGACUGUGAAGUCGGAGGCAGAAAGAGAAAAGAGAAGAACAACUGAACAAUCCUCUGAGCCACUGGGGCUGCUCUUAUGUGAAGGGAGAGAAGGAAGGUGACCGGGAAGGAUGGGAAGAUUAGGGUCCAGUUACUGGAUCCAUGUCCUGGACUGUUGUGUCCUCUGAAUUGGUGGUGGAUAUGUCAUCACUUAUAAAUCUUUUCAUCUAAGAGUUACAAAGAGAAUGAUGCUUUCCUCCAGUAAAGAAAGUGCUCGUAAAUAUGAAAGGUGGGUUAGAGAAAGCAUGGAAAUCAUUAAAGUCAUAUCAUAAAAUUG